AUGAACUCUUUAGGAUUACAACCUACUGAAGAAGAGGUGACCGAUCUAAUGAAUGAAGUUGAUAUAGAUGGUAAUCAUCAAAUUGAAUUCAAUGAAUUUAUAUCAUUAAUGUCAAGACAAUCGAAAUCAAAUGAUUCGGAACAAGAGUUAUUGGAAGCUUUUAAAGUAUUUGAUAAGAAUGGUGAUGGACAUAUCUCCGCUGAUGAAUUGAAGUAUGUUUUGAAUUCACUUAAUGAAAAAUGGACAGAUAGCGAAGUGGAUGCUAUGAUUAAAGAAGUUGGUGGUGACACCGGUGAAAUUGAUAUUCAACAAUUUGCAUCGUUGUUGUCUAAAUAA